AUGAGCUGUAUUGCUGAGAUCGGUAUAGCUGCAAUUGCUGAUUGGACGGUUGGAGCGAUUGGUCGUCAGUUGGGUUAUAUCUUCCAAUACAAAAACAACAUAAGCAACCUGCAAACAGAAACUCACAAUUUGGGUCUUGAAGAACAGAAGAUGAAGGAGUUGGUGGAUGAUGCCUUAACAAAUGGUGAUGCAAUUUUUGAAACGACCAAGAACUGGCAAAAGGAUGCAGAAAUGAUAAGUAAACAAGCCAAAGAGAUUUUAGAAGAUGAAAACCGUGCAAAUACAGGGUGGUGUAUUUUCAGAGGGUUGUUGCUUCUGAAUUUGGUACCACGGUAUCGACUAAGUACGAAAGCCAAGAAGAUGGGAGUCUCUGUUGUUAAAAUCAAAGGCGAGGUCAACUUUGAAAACAUUUCUCACCGUCCCCAUCUCCAGAGUGAUUUUAUGAACGAAGAUUACAUAAACUUCGACUCAAGAAAUGAAAUUGUGGAUGGAAUAUUGGAGGCAUUGGAAGAUGGCAACACCAGAAUGAUUGGGGUGCAUGGCAUGCCAGGUGCAGGCAAAACCACGCUUGUUAAAGAAGUUUCAAGAAGGGCCCUGGAGAUGAAAUUGUUCAGUGAAGCGGUUCUAGUUCCUGUUUCAAAUACUCCAGAUAUCGGAAAGAUUCAAAAAGCAAUUGCAGAAAGGCUAGAACUAAAACUUGAUAAGGAAACCACACCUGAAAGAGCACUUCUGCUACGAAAUAAAUUGCAGCAAGAAAAGAAGUUCUUGAUAAUUCUAGAUGAUGUCUGGAAGAAGCUCAAUAUUAGAGAUGUUGGAACAGUUUUUAAAGGUGAUCAGAUAGGAUGUAAAAUAUUGUUUACGUCAAGAUUCGAACGAGUGUUGCCAACUGAUAUCGGUGUUGAUAAGAUUUUCAAAGUUGGACUUCUAGAAAAGGCUGAAGCAUUGAACUGGUUCAGCUCUAUGGUGGCUCAAACGAUUGAAAAGUACUCAGAAUGUGCAGAUCUGGUACAUGAUAUUGCUGACGAAUGUGGACGUCUACCCAUUACCGUUGAAACAAUUGCUUGUGCAUUGAAAGAUCAAAGACGACAUUUUUGGCAGGAUGUCUUGAACCAACUGAAGAACUCAAACCUAAGAGAUAUCAAUAGAGAAGUGAAUGAAAAAGUGUUCAAUAGUAUCGAAUUAUGUUAUAAUUAUGUAUACAAUAACGAAGCAAAGUUACUGCUUUUAGUUUGUAGUUCGUUUGGGGAAGAUGAAAGCAUACGAAUAGAGGAAUUAAUUAGAUAUGGUAUGGGCUGGGGGAUAUUCGAAAAGAUGCAUAAUGUGCAAGGCGCUAGAGUUAAAGUAAACAGUUUGAUUGAUGAUCUAAAAGAUCGUGCAUUGUUGUUGGAUGGUGACGAUCACCAUAUAGUUAAAAUGCACGAUAUCAUUCGUGACGUUGCCAUAUCUGUUGUGGUUCUCCGACCACUUUAG